UUUGUGAAAAAAGAAAAGAAGGAUUGAUUUAGAGGUAUUGGCAGUCCAGUUGGGUCCCCAACUCCAAAUGACUCUCCAAAACUUUCUCAACACCCUCAAAACUGUUAAGAAAUCCUCGGCUUCAACCCUUUCCCCCAAACACUUUCAACACCUUCCCGACUUUAUCUCCCACUUUCUAAAACCUGCCACCCCCCUCGAUGCCUCUGCUCUCCCCUCUCUCACCCCCACCACUUUUCGUGAUAUCCUCUCUAACCCAGAUCUCAAAGCCUCCAAGUGCUUUCGUUUCUUCAACUUUGUUGCCAAUAACCAAUCUUUGCUUUCCUUCAAACCCCAUCUUCAGGAUCACUUGAUCCUUAUUUGUAGGCUCCUGAAAGCCAGGCUGUUUGCCGAUGCUGAAGCCAUGUUGAAAACUUUGUCUGUUGAUGAGAAUCUCAGGUACCCUUUUCUUGUUAUAGCUUCCGCUGUUGAGAAUUGCUGUUUUGAGUCUAAAGUUACCACAAAGUUGUUUAAUUUCAUGCUUAAAGUUUACUCUGAUAAUGGGAAUUUUAGUGAGGCAUCCAAGACAUUUGAUUAUAUGAAGGAUAAUGGGAUUAAGAUCAAUGAGAGAACUUGUACUGUUCAUUUAAAUACUCUUAAGAAAGCGGAUGAAUUGGGGUUGGUUUUAGAUUUCUUUGGUCAAAUGGUACAAUCAGGUCUUGAAAUUUCUGUUUAUUCAUUGACAUGUGUGAUUGAUGGAAUGUGUAGAAAUGGGGAUAUAAAGAAAGCUAGAGAGAUAAUGGAGGAGAUGUCUGGCAGAGGGAUUAAACCUAAUGUAAUAACUUUUAAUAUAUUGAUAGAUUCGUGUGUAAAAAGAUGGGACUUUGAGGAGUUGGAUUUGGUGUUAGGUUUGAUGAGAAAAGGGGGAGUAGGAUUUAAUGUGGAGACAUAUAAAUUUCUGAUUGAUGGGUAUUCAAGCUAUUGGAAAAUUGAAGCAGCUGAAAGGUUGGUUAUGGAGAUGCAUGACAAGGGUUUGAGAGUUGAUACUUAUUUGUAUAAUUUGAUGAUAAAUGGGUAUUGUAAAUUAGGAGCGAUAGAGAGUGUGUUAUUGUUGUUAGGCAGAAUGAGGGAUAGAGGUGUAAAGCCAAAUGCUGAUACAUUUUGCCCUAUAAUAAAUUGGUACUCUAAGGUUGGAGGAAUGGAAGUGGCUAUGAAGUAUGUGGAGGAGAUGCAAAAGAUGGGAUUUGAGUUGGACAAGGUUAUGUAUGACAUGUUGAUUGAUAGAUUUUGCCAGAAUGGAAUGGCUGAUGAAGCUUUUGAGUUGCGAAUCGAUAUGGAGAGGAAAGGAUUUCAAGCUGAUAUAGCUGUAUUUAAUCAGAUGGGGGAAAUAUUGUGUGAAACUUAUCAGACUGAGAAAGCAAAGAUGCUUAUGAACAUAAUGAUUAAAAGGGGUAUAUGCCCGAAGGCGGUAAGCUUCACAUCUGCAAUCAGCUAAUAUUGCAGGAGUGGGGAUGCUGCGUCAUGAGACUCAUAAUGUUACUCAGUGACUUGGAACUUAUUUGAUUUGGUUGAGCAUUUUUGUAUCAGAUGCAUCUAAGUGCUCCAACGCCAAUAUAUACAAUGUUAACGUAGGAUUCGUGUCUUAAAUUGACAUCCUAGAUGAGGUAGUUCUCCCGCUUAAUUGUUUAUGCAAUAAGAUUUGUAUUCCAAUUUCCUCCUAGACAAUUAGCAUUUCCACUUGUAAAGAAUUAUUGCUUUUUUCCUGCAUGUUUUCUCUCUUCUUUCUUGUUGUUCACCCUUCAUGCUAAGGUUGAGUGAAAAACUGGAAGGAAAAGUGAAAAGAAAAUAAAAUUUGAGUGUGUUUGGUAUUCAAGAAAAUAAAA